AUGGCCACUCUUUUUGGAGCCUCGCGACCGGACUUGUCGGCCGAACAGAUUCAGCAGUGCAUCGGCGAAUUGGACGCCUCAAGAAUGAACUCGGCUGCGACUUUCACGUCUACAGCAAAUAUUCAUUCUCCCCCAACUGAAUCACGGACGUAG